AAGCCUUGAGGGUUCAGACUCACUACAGUCGGCUGACGUCUGGCCGACUCAAUGUUUCAGGAAGACUUGGUGUUUCUGUGUCUUUUUUUCCUUUAGUGUUUUUAUGUAUAGAUCGUAGUCAAGAUUUCGUACAACUCCCGUUUGCCGCUAAAACUUUGUCGUCAGACUUAAAGAGUUGGCAGGAGUUGUAUUUGUUUCUUUCUUCAAGUUGUUAGGGUUAGGGUCAACAGAAAAUAGGUAAUUAACACUGGCGCACUUCUUAUCAUUUCUAGGGAAAAUUGUGGAAUUCCUUUUUUAAAAUUCCUUCAUUGAGGCAAGUCUUAAAGAUCAAAGUGGACUGCCUGUAAGAGGGAGACACAUUGAAGUCCACAGGACCAUCACGUCAGAAAUGGCGCGCCUUGGUCAAUGGAGCCUAGGCCUGCUGAUUGGCGUUUUACUAAUUGUCUGCAAAGGCGAGGAUCUCAUGAUGAAUGAGGAAGCAACAGAACCUGACAACCUUGAGCUCGUCUUUUUAAUACACACCUCGCCGAAAAUCAACAAAACAAAUUUUCAGCAUUAUCUCCACUUUAUGAAGGAGGUCAUAGAGAAGACGAACAUAGAAUCGGGCAAAGUCAAAGUGGCUGCUGUAACCUACAGGAAAAACGGCAAAAUUGCCUUCAAUUUUAACAAAUUUAAAACCAAAGACACGCUCCUCAAAGGCUUGGGAAAAAUCAAAGCUGCCAAAUCAAAGUUUGGAAAUCUAGCCAGCGGUCUUAACAUCACCAAAACCAAGCUGUUUGGCCAAAAGAAACUUCCCCCCAACACCAUGAGAUGGGUGAUCAUCUUAACGGACGCUAAUUCUGGCUUGGAGCAAGAUCAAAUCGCCGCCAUGGCCCAGCAGCUGACAAGCGUGGGUGUAAUAAUUCGGGCCUACGGGAUAGGGCUCAAAGAUUUGUCACAGCUACAGCUGGCGACGACAGAUGUCAAGGGAUUGAAGACCUACUCGGAACUGCGCAACGCUACCAAAGAUGUGGUCAGAAUGUUGGACACAUUCCAACAGAAAGACCAACCCAAAGGUUCAUUCACACAAGGUUUAGCUGAUGUCGCUAUAGUGUAUCACCUAUCAAAUGCCGCCAAGCCAAAUGAUAUCAAUUCAUUUAAGACAUUCCUCAAGUCGAUAUUAGAAAAAGCGUCCAUCGACAAUGGAAACGUGAGAGUUGCCCUUAUGAACUAUGCUAAAAAAGGUCGUAAUCUGGUUGACUUUAACAAGUCUAAAACAAAAAAUGGCGUGUUUUCUGCUAUUGACAAGAUUGAUCUAAAAUACAGGGCCGCAGCCUCUAAUGCCGGGGCUGCUCUCAACGAGGUACAAUCCAAAUUUUUUACUAAGAAUCUUGAUCGCCCUGACGCUGAGAAUAUUGUCAUACUCAUCACGGAUGCCAAAAAUUCAGAUCAAUCAGAAAAUAUGGUGAAAGAAGCUGAUGAGCUUAGAAAGAGUGGAUACAAGAUUAUCACAGUUGGCAUCAGAGGAGCAGACGCCAAUGAACUGAAGGGCGUUGCCAGCCAGAGCUCCAUGUCCUUCUACUCUCCCAGCUUUGAACGUGCUCUCACUGGAGGAUUUACUGAAUCCGUCUGGGAUGUUUUGAACCCUGCUGCAUCAGUACCAGCAACAUCCCCUACUCGUGUACCAGCGGCAACAAGCCCAUCUCGAGUUGUCACCACGAAAGUUACACAAGAGAGUGUUUCUGAAGUCGUUGCAGACACAGGGAGUGAAGCAGAUAUUGUUUUUGCCGUUCAUUUCAACCCGAGGAGAUCUAACACUGAGUUCCUGCAGCUGAUAGACUACUUGAAAUCUCUUGUCCUCACGUCUGAUGUCAAUAAUCAGAAAGUCAGAUUUGGGCUCUACUUUGAUAAGAACAACUUUUUUUUCCAACUCAAGGACUACACAAACACUAGUGCUAUCAUAGACGCCCUGGGUACCGCAAGUAAGUCACUGACAACAACCGAUCAAUUCGAUUUGGUUUCUGUGCUCCGAGAUGUUCGAACCAGAAUGUUUACUCCCGCCAAUGGAGACAGAGCCAAUGUACAAAAUAUACUGAUAGUCUUCACAGACACUGUGACAAGCGGAGCAGCUUUGCUGCUUCAGCAAGAGAGAACUCUGUUGAAUAAAAAUAAAAUCAUUGUGUACAGUGCAGGCAUUGGUCUUAACGACAAAGCAGCCCUUGAGACGAUUUCUGAUGAAACCAAUUUGGUCACAUUUUCGGAUUACUCAGAGCUGAAAAGCUACGGUGCACAGUUGAGCCAGUUGAUACCCGCCUUGAACACCAUUCCAGCUCCAACCACCACAGCACGUAAGGAAGAUUAUUAUUAGUUUGACAUAUGCUUCUUUCAAUUCUAUUUGCAAUUUAAUACAUACAUUUUUUUUGUAAAGUAGAAAGUCGGUGCAUCAUAGCUAAACUUUUUAUAUUUUAGUUUUGUUUUUGUUUUUUAUUUGGUGGUCAAGAUGUGUCUGUGUUUUCGUGGUUUUGUAGCGUAUUUUAUUUUGCGAAUAAUUUCUUUAGCUUUUCUUUUAUUGCAUGCCAGUUUCAUGCUUAAGAAAAUUAAAAUAGACAGCAUACAAAUAUUGUAGAUAUGUUACUCUUCUGUCAGUUAGUUAGUCUUAGACUUACCUUAUUGAGAUCAAAGUCACUGUGUUACUGUGUCUGAAAGUGUUAUUUUAAUAUAUAGUGUAUCAAGGCGUAUCUGUAUGUCAUUAUGACGUUCAAUGUUUUUGUGUCAUGCAGUUAAUUUUUAUCUUUGUCAAUGUUUCUUUGUGUCCCACAAUGUAUUAUUGACUCAAAUACACUUUGCAGUAAUCUAAACUUUAUUCCAGUAUUGCAUUCCUUAAGACUAGAUUUUGAGAAAUCAAAAAAAUAAAAUUCAUCAAUUUUGAUUUGGA